AUGUCGCUGGGGCUGGUUGGGGAAUAUUACACCCGAUUCUGUGAGAUCCUCCAAGGCGAUAGCGUUAGUUUCCUGUUCUUGCUGGGCACGUCCUUCCCUGCUGCCUUACUGUUGAAGUACAUACCUAGUCCUACUAUCAAACAGGUAUUCAGUAUAACGAUAGCCCUAAUUCAGACCUAUUUGAUAUGUGCUGGCGACACUUUGCUACCCAUCUUGCUUUGUCUCUUUUCUUAUCUCGCCCUUAGGGUUGUACCUAAAAAUGUUACCGGCAGGGUGAUAUUCCACGUAUCUUUCUCCCUCCUCCUUAUCUUCAAGCUUAUUGUCUUCUCUGAUCUGUUCGUACCAUCUUACCUUGUGGACUCUGUUCUACUCCUCAUGGUUCUCAGGGUAUGUAGUUACGGUUACGACUACCAACUAGACCGUAUACUAGAAGGGGACAACAAGGACAACUCCCCCUCCCAGCUUUCCUCACUGUUCGACUAUGUGGGGUAUUGCUUCUGUUUUGUUGGCUACUGGACCGGUCCUUUCUUCACGUACAGCACUUAUAACAAGAUGCUACACUCCAAGACUCUGAUCAGAUCCUCCAAGCUAGCGCUGUCUCACAUGACGCCCAUGUUAGUCAUCCUACCUCUCCACAUGUUGCAGACUACUUACAACUCUCUUGACUACACUAUGGAUGAAGAGUUCCUCACCCAGUCCUUCCUCUACAAGUUCCUUUACCUGCUCGCUGGCUUUUGGACUUUCAAAGUUAAGUUUUUCGGUGGUUGGAUAAUAGCAGAGGGUAUCUGUAUAGCCUGUAAUCUGGGAACAGUUGAGAAGGAAGAUGGAACAGUGGACUACAGCUCUAUAAUUAACAUUGAUAUUUAUAACACGGAGAUAAACUGGGAGCUAUCUCAAUGUGUCCGAGCUUGGAAUAAGAGUGUCCAGUAUUGGAUGAAAACAUACGUCUACGAUACCACUCAUCUUCCAAAAGCAGUUAGAACAGAAUUUGUGUUUGGGCUGAGUGCGUUCUGGCACGGUAUCAGGCCAGGGUACUACUUGACAUUCCUUAGUACUCCCCCUAUGAUAAAACUACAACAAAAAGUGGGCAAUCUUACUGCCAAAGCAAGGGAAAAUAGCCCUAAUCUUGAAAUGGUUUACAGGAUUGUUAGUUGGAUCUGUGUCCGUGUGAUAUCCUGUAUGAUACUCGCCCCAUUCUACAUGCUCGACCUCGACAAAAUAUUAGCCCUCUACUCAAGUAUGUACUGGGUUCCACAGAUAACAGUUGGUGUUGUGUUUAUUCUCAGUGUUAUUCUGCCUCAAGGACAGCGGCCUGAGCGUCCCAAAACCUCUUGAUGCGAUCAAACAACAGUGAUGAUAAUUAUAAUCAUAGAACUUAAAAGUUAUGGAAUUGUGAAACUAAACAUAGAACUUAUAAAAGUUAUGAAAUUGUAAACAUAGAUUUAUUUAAGUUAUGAAAUCAUAACUUCAGA